AUGCUUCCUUUCGAUGCAGAUUGGGAACGAUCUUUUUGCGAGGCUACUGCAGUCACAUUACUCGAUCUUUCGCCGUAUAGCAAUCCUUCCUCUCGACCCACCCCCUCUCAACAAUUGUCGGUACCAGGAGCUCUUUCAACCAGCACGUCAAUCCUUGCAUCUCAAGCGGAACUAGACUCCUGUCCUUUACGAAGAACUGGACAUGAUUUGACUUUUACAUCUUACUCAUCUUUGGAUCCUUUUCAAAACCAACACGAACUUGAAGACGACUAUGAAGACCCUGAAGGUAUAAAGGAGAUCUUUUUCGCAAUUCCUUUGGGACUGGAUCGCACAGUGGAAAGUAAUUCACUACCAUUUGUUUUGCAUUCCUACGCUCAAUGGUUCACGAUGACAGUGUUUGAUCCCCAGAAAAUUGCCCACACCGCAAAAGCAACAGUAAUCGAUCAAUUUUUGAAAUCUUCUUCCUCACGUUCUCGGAUGCUCUUAAUUUCCGAAUUAAUGGGGAAGUUGAUCAAAUCUCGAACCUUGGACAGGGAAGGAGAGAGGGCUUUUCGAUUACUGGCGGAUGACGUUUCAGAUAGCAUUACUAGCUAUCAGGUGCAGCAAUGGCCCGCAAGUAAAGGAGAAAGAGAAUGGGCAAAUGCUACAUUAAAUAAUAUGCUGGAGCUGAUUAGUAUGCAAAUCAUUGUGGUCCCCUACGCCUAUUUGCUACGUCUCCUUAAAUUGGCUGUCCCAGUAUUCUUGUGCGCAUGUUUGCCUCCCCAUCCCCCUGCUAUGUCGGCUAUACUACUUGAAACAACACUUAACCUGCGACACUUUGUGGCGUCAGAUGUGGUCACUAGUAUUACGACCGGCAGGUCACUAUUGUGUAGGUAUCAUGUUCCGUGGUCUCUCGAAUUUUGCGAAGAUUUUAUGAGGAGGGGGGAAAGUCAGGGACUCCAGUGGCUGCUUGGUAUCCCAGAUCAAUUUAUCUUACUAUUCGGGUAUACGGAAGGCCUUCGGGAAGAUGCAAAAUCUUUGGGUAUGCCCGUGGACCCAGAAAUCAUUGGACAAAUUGAGGAAGAUGUGAAGAAGAUACGGAUAUCGCCGUCUCAAAGUAGAGAUGUGUCGAUGGAGGUUAAGAGGAGGGUAGUGCAAGAGGGGUGGCGUGAAGCUGUAUUGAUCUAUAUGUACAUGGCACUUGGCGGAGCAGAUGCGAAUGACCGUAAAGUAAAGAAAGCUCAAAGGGAGUUCAUGAAGCUUGUUAACGCUAUUGGAACUGGACGUCACCCAGAUAUAUUCUUAGCAAUCCCAACAAUGAUAGUGGGCCUAGCCACAAUCAACCCUGUUGAUCGAGAAACGAUAACCUCCCGCUUCCUUGCUUUGCCCGAAUUUGCUAACCCAAACUCUGUGGGACACGAUCAACUUCGUAUACUGAAGGAUGUCUGGAAUCAGACAGAUACAUCAGGGAGGGCUGCGCAGUGGAAGGAUCUGCGAGAGGCGUCUUGGCGGAUUACCGGAGUUUAA